GCCGCUCAAUGGAGGCGGAGGUAGCCAUGUUGUAGAAAGCUCAAACAGGAGAGAGUUUAUCCACAACCCGUCACUGUCCACCUGCACGGCGCUGAGUCUCGCACAGCCAGUUUCCUCUUCGGACUGCCGGCUUGUAGCGGACAACAUGAGCGGCGGGACGCCUUACCUCGGGAGCAAGAUCAGCCUGAUCUCGAAGGCCGAGAUCCGCUACGAAGGCAUCCUGUACACCAUCGACACGGAGAACUCCACCGUGGCUCUGGCUAAAGUCCGAUCCUUUGGUACAGAGGACCGGCCCACCGACCGACCCAUCCCCCCUCGAGAUGACACCUUCGAGUACAUCAUCUUCAGAGGCAGCGACAUCAAGGACCUGACUGUGUGUGAGCCGCCCAAACCAACAUGCUCUCUCCCUCAGGACCCCGCCAUCGUCCAGUCGUCCAUGAGCUCCAGCUCCUCGUCUUCUGCGGCCGCCGCCCCGACCCCGUUCCAGUCUGCUGGGUCCUACGGCCUGUUCAACCGGGCUCCAGUUCCUGCCUACAACCAGUUCAGCACCAGCCCCCUGGUGUCCCCCCAGUUCGGACCAGUCGGUGUGGGACGAUCAGUGGCCUCGUUUGUGAGCGACUCGAGCUCGACCCAGACUCUGAGCUCCUCUAUUGGCUCUGCUCUGUCCUUUGACUCUCUGUCUCUGGGUGCGUUUGUAACUGAAGGCCGCAGCAGCCCCAGCCUGGACCCUCUGCGGAAGAGCCCCACCCUGGAGCAGGUCAUCCAAACGGCCCCGUCGGCCCCAACCGCCACUGCCGCCGCCCCCGGCCUCGGACGCCGGAGCCCCGCCCACGGCCGCACGGCCCCCUCCGCCACCGGCCAGAAGGUCCAGCACCAGCACCAGCACCAGGACGGAGCGGACACGAGGAGGGGUGAGACUGUCAGGGGAGGCCGCAGCAGCCAGGGCUGGGCUGCACCCCGAACCAUCUCCGCCUCUCACAUCAGUGCUGUAGAUAGAUCAGCUGCAGGGCUUACCCACUCUAUCUUUAGCCACCCAGGCUCUGACAUCCAGAAAGUCUCCAAACCCGAGGCUGAGCAGGCGCGAGGCGAAGGCAGGGAGCACAGUAAACGUUCGCCAGCGGCUGCUGGAGCGCCGGCCAACCGGCGUGGGCGAGGGGGCGGACACCGCGGCAGAGGGCGCUUCAACGUGCGCCGAGAUGGACCCAUGAAGUUCGAGAAGGACUUUGACUUCGAGAGCGCCAACGCCCAGUUCAACAAGGAGGAGAUCGACCGGGAGUUCCAGAGCAAGCUCAAGCUGAAAGAUGAGAAGACGGAGAAGACAGAGAAGGCGGUGAACGGCGAGGACAAGGGCGACUCAGGCGUCGAGACCCAGAACAGCGAAGGAAACGCCGAGGAGGAGGGAGGAGGUGGAGGAGGAGGAGGAGGAGGAGGAGGAGACCCACUCGGACCCAACUGCUACUACGACAAGUCCAAGUCCUUCUUUGACAACAUCUCCUGUGACGACACCAGGAAAGCAAAUGAGAAGUCUGGAGUCUCAGGUUUCCCCAGGGAGCGGAGGCAGACCUGGGCCGAGGAGAGGAGGAUGAACGCCGAGACGUUCGGCAUCCCUCUGCGUCAGGGCCGAGGCCGCGGAGGUUACCGCGGGCGUGGUGGGAUGGGCUUCCGUGGAGGUCGGGGUCGUUCGGCCAGCCGAGGGUCCUUCGGGCCGCCGCAAGGGGGAGGCGGCUUCAGGGGAGGAUACAGAGGAAACCAGGCCGGACGGGAGUUUGCCGACUUAUCAGCAUACAGGAAGGACAACAAAGUGGCUGCGUAGUCUCACUGGGGAGGAAGGUGGAACUUCUUCACGCUUCGACAGAAAACAAAUAGUUUGGUUGCUAUUUUGUUGACUUAAAAAUAAUGAAGAUUGUCUACUAGUUGUAUAUUUGUCACCAGCACUGGGGGUAGACUGCUCGAACACACCGGUGGAAACAACAACAACAACAACAACAACAACAGCAGCAGCAGCGGCGGCAGCGUAACUUAUCAGACAACAGUCCACAUCUCAGCUGAAAUACUUCUGUAAAAAAUGUCAUAUUUGUUUUACACUGCGUUCUGUCCCUGGAUCCUUUCCUAAACCUGUAUUUGAUAAUAUUUUGUUAGCUUUAUUUGGGGGUGGGGUGGGUUCAGCAGAUCCUGUAAGUCCAGCACCAGACAGCCCGUCACCUUUCUAACAUGUACUUUUCUAUGACGACAUCACGUCUCUCCUCCUCUCCUCUCCAGUCGCCGUGCUCGUGAUUAAUUCACCCGAACUCACGUUUUCGGUUUCUCUUUUUAGAGUCACACGGUAACAUUAGCGUAGCGAGCAGACGGAUCAUAGGUCAAGUUUCUUUUUCUUUGUGAUCCGCUUCACGACGAGCCGCCGGCGCUUCAAGGUGCUUCAGUUAGUUUAAGAAACAGACGAGGAAUCCGAUAUUAUUAAUAUUAACCAGCUUAAAGCCUCGCAGCAGAUAGGGCAUGUAGAUACGGAAGUAAAACACGGGGAAAUGUUUUUACGUUUCCUCUUUAAGAAUGCAUUAACUGUCAUCAUCCAAUGAAAAACACGCUUUAAAAGUUAAUUAUUUCUGGGUUUCUGUCCAUGCGUCAGGAAUUCUAUCUAUAGGAAUUCUAAAUAUUAGACCACCCUUUUUCUUCAAUUUAUUGUUAAUUUUAAUUCCUGGUACAACUAAAGGUACAUUUGUUUGGACAAAUAUAAAAACAACAAAAAUGGCUCAUAAGAGUUAUUUAAAUACUGUAUGUAAUUUAAGAGUUGAUAUCUAGACAUUCUCCAUGGUUUUCUUGGUAACAACAAAAUCAUUAACGACAAGCAGGUUAUAUGACGAUGACAUCAUCAAGCGGUGUAGAUUUAUAGUAUAGUUUAAAGCUACUUUUGCCUGUUUUUCUUAUACAGCGAGUCAAGUGACAGACUUAAAAAUUAUUAUCAAAAAUGAAUACAUAUUAUAGCCGUGUUAAAGCUCCAGGCAGACUGCACAAACGGAGAUCUAAAAAUAUUUUCGGUUCAUUUUUCAGCUUUGGUGGCACAUUAUAUGGCUACUGAAUUGAAAUGCAAAUCAUUUUACUUGCAUUUUGUUGACACAGUGAAGUUCAGAGCGCUCCGGACAUUAAAAAGGAUAAAUUAAAAAUUCCUGCACCAAAGAUGCCAAUUACUGGGCAACAGAAACCCAGAUUAAAGAGCUUUAUUUGUAUUUAAUAUCUGAAUGAAUUAUAUUUUAUUGUGAAAAUCCAACGACAACACAGAAAUUAAAUCGAGGUGUUUAUUUUUCAGUGUCCAGCAGAAAACAGCACAAACCUGCCAGUAAAAAAAAAACAAAAAAAACAACUCUGAUGAGGAGAAUUUCAGUUUUUAGAGCUGUAAAUACUGAGUAGAAAGAUGAUUCAUUACAUGCAAUUACUACAUUUUGAUGCUCAUGUGACAUUGAAACGUGAACUGCUUUUAAUAAAUCAUCUUUGCUGCCGGACAGUAUAACAUAACAAACUUAUAAAGUCAAAUACUUUUAGUUAUUAAAUAAGAAAAAUACGAGCCAAUAAUUGUCCUUUUUAAUGUGUUUUUCAUAGUUUUAUGGCAGUUAAAUCCAUACAUAUAAAGUAACGUUAUGUAUCAUAUUUCACUUUAUUUGUCGGAUUAGUUUCUGGCCUUUAAAACCUCGUGUAGCUGCAGCUGUUCCAGAUGUUCUCACACUAAUUUAUUCUGCGUUAACGUCUCAUUUCUUUCCUCCUCUUACGGUAAACACUUCACGUUUAAAGCCACUAAGUUUGUGCCGCAGCACUGCACGGCGGUCGUCCGCCCGCACCAGCUACAGGAAGGGAUGUCAACGAUGAAAUAGAAAAUAAAAGUCUAGAAAAACAAAGCUAGCUGUCUGCGUGUAGCAACAUAGUUUUCUAGCAAUAUUCCUACUUGUGUUUGAGGAUGCGAAGGAUCCGGUCGGAUGAAUUGUGACUGAAUAGUCUGAACUCGGCCUGGCAUCAUUUAAGUACUUUAAAAAACAGUUUUUCUCUCUGAUUUGGCAGGAAAAUGUUUAGAGAUGCACUUUUAAUGCCGUUUUCUGUUUAUCUGUCCUGAGAUUGUAUAGAGAUUGCAAAGACUCUGUCAUGUCACCAUAAAUGAGAAUCAACAGGCUAACAAGGAAAAAAAAAAAAAACUAGAGUCAUGGAAAAAAUUAUUUAGACCACCCUUGUUUUCUUCAGUUUGUUCAUUUUAAUGCCUGGUACAACUAAAUGUACAUUUGUUUGGACAAAUAUAACAAAAAUGGCUCAUAAGAGUUUAAUUUAAGAGCUGAUAUCUAGACAUUUUCCAUAAUUUUCUAGAUAAUGAUUUUGGUUAUGAUCAAGAAAAACAUGGAAGAUGGCUUUUUCCAUGACUGUAGGUAUAAACAGAUGGUUAAGGAAUAUUGUUCUCAACAGACCUGGGUCACACAAACAUUUGGUUUGAUUUCAUAUCCAUCAAAGAAAAUCAAUUUAAAAAAUGACUUUCAGUUCAUUUCCAGCUGAAUUCUUCACUCACAGCAGCUAAAAAUGUCCAAAAGUUCAAUGAAGUUCAGUUUGGAUCCAGGUAUGUUUUCCUAAAGAUGUUUUAAAAUAAUAUGUGGCUUUGACUCUUUGAGAGCAAAAGAAAAUCUAAAAACUAAUAGUGAAAGUCUUCAGCCUGACAUGCAACUCUACCUUUAAAGUACUUAAUAGUGCUCAGGAAACACAGAGAAAAUCUCUUCUUGAUUCGCCUUAAUGCUUGAGAAUAACGGCUAAUGUCACAUUAAAAACAUGAGAGAAAUGUAAACGAAACUUUAUUGCACACGACUUUUUAAAAAAUUAUAAUUAAAUGCAAUUGAACUUCAGGAUGUUUCCUUGCUGGUGUAGAAGCUAUUCCUUCGCAUUAAGGCACCACGACAUUUGUUUCACCCACGAAAAAGAGGGGGGAAAAACAACACUCAAGGUGGACACAACGAGAAAACCUGCAGCUCUCAGACUGACAUAAAAACUCUUAAAAUUGAGUCAUUGAUAGAUCAAUAAAAUACUACAGAUUACCUAAUUAUCUUUAAAUGAUGUGUCAGAAGUGGAAAGAGGAGACAAACGAGAGGAACUUGCCUCGUCUCGUGCUCAGGAUUUGAGGGCGGAAAAAAAGCAUAAUUUAAACUGAAUUAAUGGCUUUUUAAAUUGAUCACAGUAUGGUUUGAGACUGAAGAAGCUCUGUAAAGGUCUUAAGAUCUUCAGACGAUGAAAUCAAACUUUAGCAGCAGUCUGGUCCUUCAGUCUUGGAUUAAACACUGAAAUCACUGAAAGCUGUGUUUUUCUGGCUGUGUCUAGACUCCCCCUGGUCCUCGAUGUACACCAGGACAGAAAUGUGUUUUAUUUUGAAAAAACGUUUCAGAGGGUCAUAGAUCGAACAGACUCUAGAGGUUCUCAACUGUUCAGGGCUGGAAAUGGUAAGACGUGUUUGUGGUAAUUUAGUCAUUUAUUAAAGCACAUUAUUAACUGAAAUUACUGCAGUCUUAAAGGAAUGAACCAGAUAUAAAAUGAUAAUGACUGAGGUUUUGUAGCUUACAGAAGAAGAGGACUUAAUUAAAACUUUGUUAUUUCAAUUAAUUUUUUGGUAAAUGCUGCAUUUAAGUAAAUCUAGUUAUUUUACCACAAACUUUACUAGCAAACAUUCAUAGUAUGCAGAGAAAGGGAAAAUAAACAUGCUCUUUAGUUUAUUUAUUAGUAUGAAAGAAUUUCUGCCAGUAUACGUUAUUAUUCAAAGAAACCUUUCAAAAUGACCUUUUUUCAAUCUCAAAAUUAAUUACUUUUAUUAUUUUGUGAUAAGCAUCUAAAAAUAAGCUUUUGUUAAAAACUGACAUCCCGAAAUAACUUAUUUUAAUAUGACACCUUUAAAUCUCAAACAGUGUAAUGGCUCUAAUUUAGGUUUCUCUCAAGACUAAUGACUUAGUAUCACAAUGAUAAUGAGGAACCUUCACAAAACAAUGAAUUGGUUAUCUUGAAAGAAUGACUUAAUUCGUUUGUUCCCCCAAAAAUAAUGAGAUAUUGCAAUUAGAAACGUGAUAAUUUAGGGAAUAAUCACUUCACAAUUAUAUCUUAAAAUAAUGAGAAACUAUCAAAAUAAUAAGACUGACAUCACAGUUUGAAGCUGAUUUCAGUUUCCUCUGACAGAAAGUUGAGAACCUCUGAGAUGUUAGAUGGGGAGAUGUGUGUUUGUGCGCGCGUGCACCUGGAUAUUUACAGGAAGCUCUUUAUUUUUGUUGUAAACAAGCGCACACGACACUACAUGAUGCUCGUACUUGUCCGUUGGUUGCCACAGAAUCGGAUCGGUUGGAAACAAGUUAGUUUAGAGGUUGUUGAUGCAAUAAGUGUAAAGGUGGUGAGCAUCAGUUUGUGGCUUCCUGUAACCCUCUGUGGAGUCGAUGCCACAUGUUUGUGUCUCUGAGCCCCGCAUGGCGUCCUCCUCUGUGGACUCAGUGGGUUUUUAUUAAGAGCAAAUAAUAAACCGUUGUUCAGUA